GAUCAGGCAGCAUAGACUAAGGGCAUGAGCAUCUAUUCAACACAAAAAACCGACAAUUUGUUGUUGACAAAGGACAGCUGGACAUAUAAAGGGCCCCAUUACCUUCAGUAGCUUAGGGCCUCAUCAAACCUAAAUCCGGCCCUGGCUGUGUGCACAGGCGGAGCUUGUCUUUCUCCAUGCAUCUUAGAAUCAUAGCACUGUAGAGCUGGAAGGGACCCCGAGGGUCAUCUAGCCCAACCCCCUGCAACGCAGGAAAAUCUGCUAAAGGUGGCCAUCCAACCUCUCUUUAAAAAAUCUCCAGUGAAGGAGAGUCCGCCUCUUUUUGUUGCAGCUCGUUUUCACGAAGAUUCCCACUGGUUGCCCUGCAUUUAGCCCCUCUCAUCUAUUAGUAGCUCUCUGUCUAUAGCGGCGGAAUGGGGGGGGGGAGAUAUUCCGCCCGCCACGCGCUGAGGUGGUAUCACUCUCUCACUUUUCGUAUCUCUACGAAGCGAAGCUGAGCUUUCAUUCCCCGGUGCGCAGCUCUAGGGUUGACAGGACGUCACUUCCGAUCUCUCCCUUUCCCCCCCCCCUCGCUAUUUCCGUCGCAAGGCCGCCGACGCCACAGCGGCGGCUGUUCCCUCUGCGCGAGCCGGCGCGUCGGCUAGCACGUCAUUUCUCCUCGAGCGGCGUCGCCUCCUCGGACCGGCGCAGGCUUUGGGCUCCGCGCUCUCGUCCUCCCUCUUCGAGCCCGGGGAAGGAGCCUGAGGGGCCCGUUGGCAGCGGGCCCUCCUUCGCCCGCCACCAUGUUGAGGCGCAGCAGGGCGGAAGUGGACCGUUAUGUCUCCUCGCUGCAGGCCUCGGCCUCUUCGCCCAGGGAGGUGAGGCGCCUUCGUUUCGUUUCCCUUCCUUCCCCUUCCCCCCUCAAACCGAUUUUGAGGGGAGUUCCGAGGCGACCCGCCAUUGGUCCCCUUGGCUGUUUGUUUUGAGACUCUCCUCCAAUGACUGGACGUGAGCCGGCGUCGGUUAAGGAGGGGAGGGAGUUAGUUUGGAUUGGCAGCCGCCUCUCGCGCGUGAGGGACACGCGCCUCUCGGGGUUCGGGGGGGGGGGGGGGCUGGCCGGCUGGGAUUAGGGCAGCGCCUGCUCGCGCGUUGGGCCUCCUGUUCCUUGGCUCCAGUGUAACAGAGGAGCAUGUGGGAUUGUGCCAUGAUGAUUCUAAGGGGGCGGGGCUGUGCUAGGUGAUGCAGCUUCACGAGUGGGGGGCUGGGGGGGGGAACCACCUUCCAGCCAAAGGGUCUUUCCUUCAAAGCCAGGGUCUGGUGGGGCCAGAUGCAAAAGUGGGCAGUGCAUCUUCUGUCUGGGCGUAGUCAAAGGGGGCGUGUUCAGCUCAAAUCAAGUAUGAAUCGAAAGCGAAGGCAAUAGUACCGUUCCCUGUUUAUUUGUUUGCUUUGUAACACAAAACCCCCCAAUAAGAACUAUUUUUUUAAAAAGUAAAUCAAUAAAAAUACUUAACUGAGGUACUUCCCCCUGGCAACAUAAAUGCUGCCCCUUGUAACAUAAAUCCUGGCUAUGUCCAUGUUCUAACUAAGUUACAUCCCAGUCAUGCAACCCCCCAGUAAGGGGUUUCUGUACCCUGCUAAACACACAAAUAUACACUCAGCCCUCCUAGGCAAGCAAAAUGUAAGAGCAGAGUUGAAGGGCCUAUUCCUGCCAGGUGAAAGCACUCAAGUGGCUUGGGAAGCGGUGUGGCCUGGGAUGGUCCUGAGUGCCUGGAAGCGUUUCAUGCCUGCACAAAUUCUGGAAUUCACUCUACGCGGGGCUGCCCUUAAAGCUGUCCCAGAAACUCCAGCGGGUGCAGAAUGCUGCAGCAAGGCUCCUCAGAGGGUCUCUGCCAUGGGAGCAUAUUCACCCAGUGCUUUUCCAGCUGCAGUGGCUCCUGGUGGAGUACAGGGUCAGAUUUAAGGUGCUGGUUUUGACCUUUAAAGCCCUUCACGGCCUAGGACCCUCAUACCUAUGGGACCGUCUCUCCCGGUAUGCUCCACGGAGGACCUUAAGGUCCAUAAAUAGCAACACUCUAGAGGUCCCAGGCUCUAAGGAAGUCAGAUUAGCCUCAACCAGAGCCAGGGCCUUCUCAACACUCGCUCUGGCCUGGUGGAAUGCUCUGUCUCAUGAGACCAGGGCUUUGCGGGAUCUGAUUUCUUUCUGCAGGGCCUGUAAGACAAGAGUUGUUCCACCUGGCCUUUGGCUUAGAAUCAGUUUGAUUCCCUCCCCCUCUUUCUUUUUCCUUUCUCCCCCUGGGAAGAGGCUGCAUCCUAAUGUUUUAAUGUUGUAUUGUAAUCUUGUUUUUUAAAUUGUAUUUUAAUCAACUUGUUUUUAUUAUUGGUUGUUAGCCGCCCUGAGCCCGGUCUUGGCUGGGGAGGGCGGGGUAUAAAUAAAAUUUAUUAUGAUGAUGAUGAUGAAGAAGAAGAAGAAAAGCCAGUGUCUAAUGCAAAUUCUUCUGCUUUUUCUAUUCGUAAAAAGACAGGCGCCAUCUCCAGGCUUGUGCUUGGUAAUCUUAAUGUAUGGUGGCUUUUCCAUCUGACUUUCCUCCAGCUAAUAUAUUGUGAACUUUCCAAUGUAAACAGGCAGUUGUGGUUCAUGAUCUGUCUGUGAACCAAUAUCUUAGGUGGAACCUCCUUCUGAGAAGACAUAUAUAGGACUGCCCUCUUAACCCUGUAAUCUUUUCACUGUGGCAUCAUAUAGCACUCUUGCCAGCUGCCUCUGGGUGUGGUAUAAACUUUAUAAAUGCUGGUUUAAAAAUAGUUGGCAUAAGGUUGCUCAACUUACCUUCUUAAUAUUUUUUGCUUUAAAAAUCCAUUCACAAUUACAGUGGCCAGUGGUUAUUGUCCUCAUUAAAAACAAUGUUUUUUCUUCCAACAUAUUUCAUGUGAAGUAGCAUUUGGUAAUUGAACACUUAACCAUGUGUUUGUGUAUUUUAAAAAUAUUUCCUGCAGUUUUCUAGGUGCUACAUCAUGGAUAAUUUGAUAUUCCUAUACUGAACUGUAUAGUUUUUUUCCUCUCCCCCUCAAAAAAAAAACCCUAAUGUUGCUUUGGUUAAGUUUCACUUCCCAUUCUUCUUAGCAGUUGUGAGUUAUGUCCUGGCAGGAAUUGGAAGUUGUCCUUCCUAAAUUCUAAUUAAAAAUCAUUGCCUUUUCUUACUUGAGGUUUGUGGGAUUAUUAUGGCAAAAAGCUUGAGAUAGUCUAGUUUGUUUUUGUAUUCUUUGAUCUCUUGUCUCUCUGAUAAAAGUACCGUAUUUUUUGCUCUAUAAGACUCACUUUUUCUCUCCUAAAAAGUAAGGGGAAAUGUGUGUGCGUCUUAUGGAGCGGAUGCAGGCUGCGCAGCUAUCCCAGAAGCCAGGAACAGCAAAAGGGAUCGCUGCUUUCGCUGCGCAGUGAUCCCUCUUGCUGUUCUGGCUUCUGGGAUUCAGAAUAUUUUUUUUCUUAUUUUCCUUCCCCAAAAACUAGGUGCGUCUUAUGGUCUGGUGCGUCUUAUAGAGCAAAAAAUACAGUAUUUCUGCCUGAGAUGGACAUAAAACUAAUUAAUUUAGGACAAGGCACAGAAAUAACUUUCUUUCAUCAGGCAAAUGGGGUAUUCCCCUGACGGUACAUAUAAAUGACAAGUUGCAGAAACUAUUGAGCAGUUCUUCAUAUAGGUAGGCAAUGCUAUGGACAAUUCAACUAAAGGGAAUAAAAAAGAAUCCCUGACCUAACAUGAAAGUUGCAUUUUGUUGUCUUGACUGUCUUAAUGAAAGCAUAGUUUCUGAGUAUAGGAAGCUGCCAUACAUUUUGCUGUCACUCCCUUCUCUGAAACACCAAAUUGACAGUUGUUACUUGUCAGCUUUGAAUAAUUCACAUGGUGGUAUCUAUAUGAUAGAUUUUAUGCUUAUACAGAAAAAGGCUGUUACUGGGUCUUAGCAGAUAGUGGGUGCACUCUGCACUUAAAAGUAUUGAGCAUGCUGCAGGAAGAAAAUACAGGGUGACAUUAGAUGAUCUCUUUUUCCUCCCCUGUGUACCCCCAAAAUCUCCAGAUGGUCCACUAAUCCCUAGAGCAGAUUUUGAGGGCCAACAGAGAGCAUAACCCUUGUUACAUAAGUGGAUACCCAGCAUGGUUUUGACUCCAGGGUUCUGUUGCAUUUGGCACAAAGCGUUAAGUUUUGCUCUAAAUGCAAAUUGCAGGAGGGACUACAUUUCUGCCCUGGGUCCUGGCAGUUUGCAGCUCUGCUGGUUAGUGCUGCAAAGUUCACAAUUUCUGCAAAGCCUAGUGUUUGUCACUGGUGCCAUUAGCUGAAAGUUUCUAUCAAUAUGAGGACCUCUUUCUUUGCCUUCCACUAUAAAUAGCCACCAUUGAAAACAGCAACAAGUAGAUACUCAGAAUUAACAAGAGGUAAGGAGGCAAAUGAACACCUCAGUCUUAGUCAUUGAUUAGGCCUUGGCAUCUACAUAUGGUGCUAUUGAAUAGGCCUUUGUCCUCAAAAGGCAAUCAGUAUGACUUAUACUUGGCUUAUAGUUGCAAAACUUUUUUUUUUAAUAACCAUUAUUUAAGCAUAGAUUAGGUUAAUUUGAUUAGGCUGGUGAUGGAGAUGUAGUUGGCACAUAACUUCCAUCUUGGAUCAGUGAAUGUUCUUUGUCAGAGGACAUCCAACCACCCAGGCCUUGACUGGUGAGGGUGGCAGUUUCAGGAACCCUCUUUGAACUUAUUUUUUAAGAAAUACUUUAGCAUCUAGCUCAGCUCAUUACAGUUGUUAAACAGCAGGUAGAACAAUCAUUAUUACAUGGUCUUCAAGAUCCUCAGCAAUUUUCAAGUGGUCUGAGGGGUAGGAGUUUGGGAAUCACUGAUCUAGAGGCUUGCUGUGGUUCAUUCCUGUCACUGGACAAUAACUUAUUGUGAUGAAUUAAAUGCUUAGAAAGAGGCUUGGAAACAGCUCUUUCUCACUCUAGCAUUGUAAAUACUUAGGAUAGAGUUAUGCAGAUAAAAUUCUGGCUCUUCAAUGACCAAACUGUAAGUGAAUUACUAUCAGCAUUAACAAAAGUAUUUUUCUCUCUAGAAAUCCAUGAAAGGAUUCUUUUUUGCUAAGCUGUAUUAUGAAACAAAGGAAUAUGAAUUGGCCAAAAGGUAAUACAAAAUAUUAUUCUUUAAUUAUUCCAAUGAUUUAUUUUACUCUGAUUCAGAAUAACUUGUGUUUGGUUAAUUGUUUGAGAGAACUCUGCAUGAUGAGUGUUGAUAGGCUUAUACCAACCAUCCCCAACUUGCUGUUCUCCAGAUGUUUUGGCUGCAGCUGAUAAGGCUGAAAAUCAAAACAUCCAGAAGGCACCAGGUUGGAGAACGCUGGCUUUUACUAAUCAUAUAUAAUUAUUUUCAGGUUUUAUAUUGUUCCAUGUAGAACUAACACUGGCAGUUGCUUCAUAACCAAGUACUGUGGUUUUUCCAUUGUUAAAUUAAAUAUGCCAAUCUUGGGGCUCCUAAUUCACAUUUAUAGCAUGACUAUCCAAUGCAUUGACAUCACCUACGUCUAUUCUGGAGUGAUAUCAUUAGUCAUUGAUGGCUGCUAUGUUAACUUGCUGUGCUGUUUUUUAAAGGUACAUAUCUACAUAUCUCAGUGUCCAAGAAAGAGAUCCCAAGGCACACAAAUUCUUGGGACAACUCUAUGAAGCUGAAGAAAACAUAGAGAAAGCUGUAGGUUGUUACAAGGUAAAAAAAAAGCUUCUACAUUUUGCCUACAUUAUUGUUUCUAGAGGCUGUUGUAUAUGAAAUAUUUACUCAGAUAUAUUUUAUUUUGCUAGAGCAUAUUUUGGAAUGCUAUGAAAUAUUUUUAAAGUGUUGCUGCCUUGGCUAUAAUUAAACAAUAGAAUUACCAAAUGUCAGUCCCACAAAAACUUCUGUUGCCUCCCAAAAAGUAUUUGUUUUGAGCAUGGGUAAAGCAUGGUUGUAGAGCAGCCACCAAGACUGCCCCUUACAAGAUGUAAUUCUAUAGUAUUCCAUGUGGGGGGGGGGGAAGGGUUCCUAGGGUAACAAUAUUCCCACCUCAGAUUGCCACACAGAGAGUUGGCAAAAUAAUUUGAGUGAUUCUGAAACACUUAACAGGUCAUUUAGGUUGCUACAUUAUGUUCAGUGGUACCGAAAGAUAGUCCAGUUGGGUCUGUCAGGUCAAUAUAGUGAGGGGAACAUCCUGUUGAUUCCUGAAGCAUGAAAUGUUGACCAGAUGACUGUUGGUUAUAAUGCUGAGCUCUUUGUUCUUGAUUGAUAAUUCUGGUAUCUUUUAAAUAGACCUUAGAGUUUCAUAAACUUUCUCUUUUCUGGAAAGCACAGAACCAAAAAGAAAUAUUUUACACACACACACACACACACACACACUUGGCAUAUCAUCUGAGCUGGGCUGUCAAGCAGCAGGAAGUUAUAGCAAUCAACUUCUCAUGUAAGUUUCAGGGAAUAUUAGCUCUUCCAUAAUCUGAGCUAGGAUCUCAACCUGAUUUUUUCCUAUCCCACCUUGGCACAUAGGCUACUACGCCUUACUAUGUGUUAUAAGCUUAAUAAAAAUUCUACUUUAAUAAUGAAGUUUGGAGUAGGUGACAGGAAUCCUGCUCAGCUGGCCUUUUGUGAUGGGUUCCCCUAUAGCUUUCAGAACUAAUGAAAGGAAUUCAGUGCUGUCUUCUAAGUGAUAGAAUCACAGUUUGGAAUUUAGCCACAUCUUGACUUGUCAGCUUGGGAAAUGCUCAGACUGUGUUGUGGUACAGGGCAACUUGGCAAGGAAAAACAACACUUCUGUGAAUCAUGUUUCUGUUCUGUACAAAUACUGAAUGCUCUUGUGAUAUUUCAUAAGCAUAGCAUCAUUCUCUAAUGCUAAAGCAUGCCACACCUGUCUAGAAGGCUUUCCCUUUCUUGGUCCGUUGUGAAUGCUGUGUUUAUGAAGUGGGGAAGGCUGCACUAAUCUACAGAAGUGUGGUAACAAAGUAGUCACCUGCAUCUCUUCCAUCAUUCUUCUGCACCUGAGUAGCAUUGCAAAUAAGGCAAUGAAGUGAUCUUCUUAAACAGCUGUAUAAGCCUCUUUAACUUGGUUUAUGUGUUCUGGUAGUCUAUAUUGCAACAUUUUGUGUCACAGAAAAACAGAAUUAAACUAUAUAUACGGUACUUCUUCCUUUCAAUUGUGGCUUUAGCGUUCAGUGGAGUUGAAUCCAACACAGAAAGACCUUGUAUUGAAGAUUGCAGAGCUGCUGUGCAGUAAUGAUAUUACCGAUGGAAGAGCAAAAUACUGGGUUGACAGAGCAGCCAAGCUUUUUCCUGGAAGCCCUUCAGUUUUUCGACUAAAGGUAACCUUCACCUCUCCCUCCCCACCUUGAGUUGUCACAGCUUACAGAAUAAACCUGGGCACAAUUUGGACACAAUCUUUACAUGAAAUUGCCAGUAUGAAAAGUUUGGCAAUAACUUAGUAGUUGUAACUUUGUUAAUACCUGCUGCUUUCUGAGGCUUCUCAAAAAAAGUAGAAACCUGAUAACAUGUAACACUUCCUUUCAUAGUUAAGAAACUCCUGAUUAUUAUUUUUAAAGCCCCCCUCAAAGAAACUGCAAUGCAUUUCCAGAUAUGUAGUGGAUUCAGAUGUUUAUUGCUAUAUUGUCUCAAAACUAGCUUGCUUAUGCAGUGCAGUUUUAUAUAAAGAAGCAAUAAGAAUGAUGUUAUUCCUUGAGAAUGAUUGAAAGCCUUCUGUUUAAAUAAAUAAAUAUAAAAUGUCAACCCUUUUAUCUUUACUGUAGGAGAGUCUGGUGGAUUGCAAGAGUGAGACUGGGUGGAACCAGCUUCUUGAUUUGAUCCAGUCAGAAUUGUGUGCCAGACCUGAUGAUGUUUAUGUUAACAUUCGAUUAGUGAAGCUGUACUUAUCAAACAAAAACCUUGCAGCUGCUGUGGCACACUGUCAGGAAGCAGAGAAAAAAAUACCAUUGCAGUCAAGCUUGGAAUGGUGUUCGUGUGUUGUACAUACACUUAAGGUUUGUUUAAUUAUAUUUGUCUUGUAAAAAUACUUAUUUUUGUAAUUUCCUAUAGAAACUACUAUAGUAACUUCAAGUGAAGACUAAACUUGCUUUGUUAAUUGGAACCAGUUGCAUGACAGAACUUACUUUUGAUCAGAGUUUGAGCAAGCAAAUAACAUUAUAACAAGCAGGUCUACAAAGGCCUACAAUAUGCUUUUACUGGGUUUUAUCUACAAAUGCCCCUCGUGUGUAAGGUGUCUUCAGCCCCUAGAAAAGCCAUUUCACAUUUGACUAAGCAUUUAUAAGAAACAUUGAGACAAAGUCAAAAGCUGUUCUUUCAAGUGCACAACCUUGUGAGAAGCCUGAGAACUACACUAGAAUCUACCUAUGGUAGGACUGCAUGAACUCAUGCAAGUACCUGUGGAACAGCCCUAAAAAAGCUUCCUUCUGCUCCUGAUUUUGCCUUGCUAAAAUAUAGUGGGUCACCCCAGUGAUCUAGAACAUGGACAACACAUGGAGGUGUUGAGGGCCUUCUGCAGUGCAUGAAGCAGACUGGCAUAUUUUUGUCCUGCCACUCAACCUCACUCUUCAGAGGGCAUGUGCAAAAUCCUGAAAAGUUUUUCCUUCUCAGUGUUUUGCACAGACCCUCAGCUCUUUCAUUGCUACUUUUGGAGUCCACUGAAGUAAUGAUGCUCAGUUGGUGUCUUAAAAGAUAGCUUAAAAUAUCACUGAUAAAGCUGCUAAAAAUAAAAUCCUCACAGUCUACACGGAAUAAGAUUUUUGCUUUAUAUAAUUUUGGGCUGCUGAAUUUCAGUAGAGAAUGAGUUAACAAAGUAGGGUCUGAUCUUGCUUAAUAAAACACAUUAGAGAUCUGGUGGCUGACUAAACAAAAUAUUUUUUUUAAUUUUAAUUUUUUCCCUAGGAAUAUCUUGACUCUCCACAGGAGUUGGAAUCCAAUAAAGCUUACGAGCAAAGGACUAGAUCCCGUCGGGAUCUUUUGUUGGCUUAUUCAAAUCUGGUCGUAAUGACACUUUCAAACAGAGGUGUAGAAGAAAGCAGAGAAUCCCUCCAAAGGUAUCUUGAUUUGUUCAAUUCAGAAUGCUUCUAAAUGAUAGCCUCUUGAUGAAAUGCCCCCAUUUUUGUAUUGUGAAAUGUCCUUGCUUUUGUAUUGUGUCCGCACGAAAGCCCCUUAUUUCAGUUGAAUGUUUUAUUAGUUGCUUUCAUGUGCUGCUUUUUGCACAUUUGCAGUGUAUAUAUGUGUCAUGUAUGGCAGAGGAAUAAUAAGCAGGAGCCACUAGUAAAGAAACCAGUCAAAAGUAUUUACUGGUGUUUCUGUUUCUGUAACAGUACUUUGUUGAGCCAUGAAACUACUGUUAUUAAUGAACACUUGUCUUGUAGCUUUGAUCAUGCACUCCAUUCAGUGAAACCUCAUGCAGCUGGAGGUGAUGAACUUUCUGUAACUUUCCUGGAAAUGAAAGGCCACUUCUACAUGCAUGCUGGAACUCUGCUGUUGAAAAUGGCCCAGGAAAGUGAAAUGCAGUGGAGAGCUGUUUCGGAAUUGGCAGCUUUAUGUUACCUUCUAGCUUUUCAGGUAAGUUCUUCUCAAGUAACAUGUUGCCCUCAAUCAUUUAUAGUAUUUGUGCUGUAGAUUUCAGUGUUAGAGGGGCCAAGGUGUAUUUGUAUAUGCAUGAUACUGCAGGGGGGUGAAAUUUGUUCUGUUCGUGCUUUUUAAUUAUUAUUUUUUAAAGUACAAAAUCAAAAUGGAAUGCUUUUCAGUAGAAUUGCAUAUCUAGAGGUAAAAGGAAAUAAGUAUGUGUGAAAUCAGGAGGAAUCUGCUGUCUACAGAUAAUUUAGCCCAGCAAAUUAAUUUUGCUGUGCACCUUUGGCUUUCGUGAGAAGCCAACACAUUGUAUCCCAGUAUACCAUACUAUUGCCUAAUUCUUGUUUGGAGAAUAGUGUGGUUCAAUGUGGCUGCUGCCUGGAUGUACACACAUCCUCUUCUGGCCCCUUUACUAAACUAGCUGCAUUGUGUGCCAUUAUGGCAAUGCCCUAAUGGAAGUUUUAAAUGUUUGAUAUUUUAUUCUGUUUAAUAUUCUGUUGGGAGCCACCCAGAGUGGCUGGGGAAACCCAGCCAGAUGGGCGCUGUAUAAAUAAUAAAUAAUUAUUUAUUAUUAUUUUUUAUUUAUACAUACAAAUAUAUAUCUGUGAUAAUUAGGAUGCUUUUCAUUGCUUUGACAGAUUCUAUCAUCCUCUUAUGCUAGUUUUCUCUCGAGCCAAAGGGUAGAGUCCCUAGCCCUGCCUUCCCAAAUCUGGUGCCCAUCAGAUUUUUUAUUUUAUUACAAUUUGCAUCAUCUGUGAUCACUGGCCAUGUCUAGGACUGAUAGGAAUUGUAGUCCAAAACAUUUGGAGGCCAACAGAUUGGGUGAGGCUACUCUGGACUCUCUAAAAUUUAGCUCUAUCAAAUAAUUACUAUUGGAUUGUUCUUAAAUGACCUUCCACCACCAUAUUUUGAUGAGUAAAAGCAAGACUUGCAGUUCAAAAUACUGUUCCUUUCCCUUCAUUUCUUGAGAAAGAAGCAAUAAGUCUGUAUUCAUUCAACUUGUCCUUGGCAUAGAGCAAUAUAGAGUCAAAAAAUGUUCAGCUUGGCACUUUGGACAGAAAUGUAAUGUAAAAUUUAUGAUUGUAUUAGACAUGAUUUCUACACUUCACAGAAAUGGAUUUUAUUCUUAAGCUUAGUAUUGUUAUAAUAUAUUUCACUGCAGAGCGAAUUCUUUACACUUGUCUAAUCUCUACCAGGUUCCUAGACCAAAGUCAAAACUAAUAAAAGGCGAUCAAGCUGAACAAGAGAAGUUGGAAAUGUUAGCCUGUGAUCGACAGAGCCAGUCUGGUAAUAAUAUUAAAAAUCAGAUUUCAUUUUAAAAUCAAAGCUGUGGACAUCUAGUAGCAAUUCUAAAGCAGCGUGUAAAGACUUCACUCAGUUGAAAUUAAAAGUAACAAACCUUUAACAGGCAAUGCUAAGAAUUCAAAGCAUAAUGUGGGUUUGUAAAGAAUGGCAGCGCUAGAGGCCUCAGCAUAACUUUUCAUUUUGUCCUCUUGACUAAGAUUCAUUUUCUGCCUUCUGAGUCUUCAAACCUACAGUUAUUUCCCCUUUGAGCAGAAUGUUUUAAAUUUAAGAACUUAACUCUUUGGGUGGUAUUCAACAAAGUACUUUCACUAGCACAAGGAUUUCUGCUUGUACUGUACAACGCAACUUCCCCUCUUUCUCCCCCCAUAUGCCUCACACCCUCCCCAGAUCUGCCCUAGAAUGUUGAAGGAAUCCCAGAACAGAUUUAGCAGGGCAUGGAAGGGAAGUUCUGUUGUGUGGCCAAAGUUCUUGUACCAGUGGAACUACUUCAUUCAAUACUGCCCUCUGAACUCAAGUUAUGGACUUGACAAAUUUAUUCAAGGGGUUGUAUCUUCCAAAGUAUUUUCAUUUGCACAAGGACUUUCAUUUGCUCAGUGGAGUGUUGCCGCCUCCUCCUCCUCUCCCUAGAUGCUCCCCAAAUUUGUUCUGGGGGUUCCUACAACACUCUAGAGCAGAUUUUAUGUGGGGGGGGGUGUCCCGGGGGGUGACUUUCAUUGUGCAGGCUGAAGUCCUUGCAUAAAUUGAACAACUUCAUUGGAUACAUGAUAUUUGGUGUAUAUUUGCCAAAUAGAAACUUGACUUUUGGUUAAUCGUGUGUCUUUUACCUUUUCAGGACAUAUGCUGCUAAACCUAAGCCGUAGGAAGCAGGAUUUUUUCAAGGAGAUUGUUGAAUCAUUUGCAAACAAGAGUGGACAGUCUGCCUUAAUUGAUGCACUAUUUGGGAGUGGUUCUUCUACAGAGAAUUCCUUUCUUGGCACAGAUGAUAUCAGAAAUGUUGGUGUGCAAGUACCAGAAUAUGGAGAACUAGCUAGAUACGAUAUUGGUAAGAAGAUUGGUUUAUUACUUUGUUUUAUGUUAUAAAUUCAUUGCAUAUUAUGAAAUAGAUACACAUACAGCAUGAUACUUCAAGAUUAAAAACACUGGAAGAAGCAGGUGAAUUUAAAUACUAGCUCAUGAAAAGAUAUUAAAGUGGACUGGGGAACAUUUUUUGCACCAGUGACCAUAUCUUAAUCUGCCCCCCAACAGACCAAAUUUGACAGGAGGAGAAGUAUUCUACCUGCCAGUAAUGGGGUGGGUGGGUCACAUGAUUGGCAGAUAAGUUGCCCUGGCCAUAUGUCUAAAUUCCUUGCAGUCUCUGCUGUCCUGUUUGAGCAUGGGAGAGCAGGAAAUUCAUUUGGAAGCAAGUGCCUAUUUCUUUGUUGUGUGAUCAAGAGGUCUGUCCAAGCCAGUGUCUAUAAAGCAGGCAUUAGCUCUAACAGGGAUUGCUGCAUUGUGCAGCAACAAAGAAAAAAGCAGGGUAUUCUAGCUUUUGCUGCUCCACACAAAAGCAAGGAGACUUGUUUGUUUGUUUGUUUGUUUGUUUGUUUGUUUGUUUGUUUUGGAAAGCCCAGGUCAUGAUGAUGCUUUUUGGAGGUUGAAGAGAUCAGUGCAGUUUGGGUUUUCCAAGAGGGUCUCACCCAUCAGUUUAUAUCACCAGUUAUGUCAGCUGAUUGAUGGAUGAGCACGGUUUGGAAAGAUGACCUCGCAAAUGGAACCCCCUGAUGGGUCCAGAUUGACUCAUGGACUGGAGUUCCCCCACCCCUCAUUUAAACGAACUCACUUUUUCAAGUGUACCAUUUUACAUAUAAGGGUAUGCUUUGAUUAUCAAAGCAGUUUGCAUAACUUAAGAUGCUAAAUACUCUGACUAGUUGUAUUUAGAAGCGGUAAUGAACAAUGGCUUAUGUACCACAGUAGAUGGUGUUUAUGUUUCUGUCAUUCUAAACAGAGAAUACUUGUAGACAGGUCUGUAGAAAUCUAAAUAGCCAGUGGAGCCUCAGUAACUGGCGAAACUGCAUCGGAAACUGCUACUGAGCUAUGUUUUGAACACCUGCUUUGUACAGGAUGUGAGCCUUCGUACAGGAUUGAUUCACAUUUUUAACUGUUUUGGAAUUAACAUGAGAUGAUAUUAGCAUGAGAUGAUAGCUUGCUUACUGUCUUCUGCUGUCAUACCACAUAGUUGCAUCUUUAGAAAUGAACCAGCACUUUCUUGUUGUUAGGUGCCAUUAGAGCCCACAGUGGUAGUCUCCAACACCUCAUAUGGCUUGGUCUGCAGUGGAAAUCCAUAUCACCCCAGCAAACCUUUCGCAAAUGGUUGAAGCAACUUUUCCACUUGCCUCAGGAAACAUCCAGACUUGAGACCAAUGCUCCUGAAUCGAUUUGCAUGUUGGACCUUGAAGUAAGGAAAUGCUUCCAGCAUUAAUUUCUACCACAAUUUGAGUUAAUAAAACAAUUUAUUGUAUAACUUAAAAUAUGUGUGUUUGCAAAACAGGUAUUUCUGCUUGGGGUGAUAUUUACCUGUCAUUUGCAAUUGGAAGAGAAAUUUAAUACCAAAUACGCUGUGCACCAGCCUCAAUUCCUACCACUACCAGUAUGCAAGCAACUUUGUACCGAGAGGCAGAGGGCCUGGUGGGAUGCUGUUUAUGCUCUUGUUCACAAACAAGCUGUGUAAGUAUGACUUUUUUUGGUUAUGGUAGUCAUCCUUACAAUAGACAUGUGGCUGUCGACUACAUAUAGCAGCUUUUAAUGCCCCUUUCUCAUGCUGAAGGAUUAUAUAUAUGACAGUUUGUGUGAAAUGACUGGCUUUUAUAUAUCUACAAGAAAACUUUUUUGAUUCUUUGUCUUUUGGGUUAAGAAUGUACUUUAUAACUUUUAGUCUAUAGAUAAUCAAGCAGAAACUGGUAAUUAAGAACUACAUUAUGCAGCUGACACAUUUCUGUUGCACACGUUACUUUUCAGGUCCGGGACAGCAGCAAAAGUGAGGCUUCUAGUCCAACAUGAAAUAAGCAUCCUCAGAGCCUUAGGUAAACAUGGUCUUCAGCCAGCUCUGAUCGUGCACUGGGCAAAAAGUCUCCUUAAAACAGUAAGUAAGAAGAUGCCAUUUUCAAUAAAUUUAAAGCUAUAAAGUUAAUUUCUUAACCUUGUAUGAUCCAUGCAGCCUAUUGCAGGUAUUUAGAUUAUAUGUGGGGAGAGAAGUCUGGAAUGUAGUUGCCACCACCUUUUAAAACACCAGUGGAAAACCUCUGGCCCUGCCUAAAUGACUUAAGCUCCAGAUAUCUGAAAGACCAUCUCCAUCUCUACUAACUUUCUCUGGUCUCCAGAGGAGAAUCUCUUGGUAACUGGUAAUUGCUUCCAAUUGCUGCCCAAGAGAGGGCUUUCUCUGUGGCAGUCCCUAAAUUAUGGGACUUCCUCCCCAUCAUUGUGUUUAGCAUCUGCAUUGUAUAGUUCUUGCUGUAUGCUGAAGUUACAGCUCUUUACCCUGGCCUUUGACAGUUAAGGUAUUUUGUUUUGUAAAUUAUUCAAUAAUUGUGACUGUUUUACCAGCUUUUAUAAUUGUAUAUUCUGUUGUCAUAAUCCACCCUAUAACCUUCCAGUGAUGGGUGGGUAUGAAAUCUAAUAAAUCAUAAAUAAAUACAACACUUGCAUGUACAACUGGAAUUCUGAACGUUAAUAGAGAAAUGUGAAAUAGUGUCAUCAGGGCUAUCAUUGAUAUAUACAAAUGAUUUACUGAGUUUAACAUUAAAAAUAACUCAAAUUAUGUUACUUCACAGGGUUGCAGUCUUAAUUCUUUCUAUGACCAAAGAGAUUACAUUGGACGAAGUGUUUAUUACUGGAAGAAAGUUUUGCCAAUGCUUGAGACAAUCAAGAAGAAGAGAAGUAUUCCUGAACCAAUUAACCCAUUGUUCAAUCACUUUCAUAGUGAAGAUAUUCAGGUAAUAAGGCAGCUCAAAUCUUCCUAUGGUAGUCCUUAUAUUUCUAAAUGCUUUUGGGGUCUUAUCUGCAGUUUCUCACUUUGAUGUAUAAUUCUUGUUGCCACUUCUCUAUCUCAACCCCACCUCCAUAAGCGGUUACUGUUUACAUUCCAGCUCUGGCAACGACAAAAAAGCUACUUGCCUACUCUUGAACCAUCAGCAGAUUUGUCUGCUUCCACCAUUAGCGUACUUUGAGACCCACACAUUUGGAAUUGGUCCAGUCUUUCUUCAUAAGCCACAAAUGUUAAUUAUGUGCUGGUAGCAUAAUUUGUCUGCUAGCUAGGUGUUGCUCAAAAUUUUAUUUUAUUUUAUUUGGAAAGUGGAACUUAACUGAUCUCACUAUUUGACUUGGAUGUCAUGCAGUCAUCAAACACAGCUCAUGAUGGGUCUUAACAUAAUGAUAUAUGAGAGGUUACUGAGGUAUGGAUCAUAGCAGCUAAUUCUCCAGAAGAGUGUGGAAACACCUAGGUCACAGUUGCUAUCUGAACCUACAAGAAGAACAUAAUAGUCCUGCUGAAUCAGACCAAAGACCCAUCUUAUCCAACAUCCUGUUUUCACAGUGGCCAACUAGAGUGCCUAUGGGAAGCAUGCAAGCAGUGCCUGUGUGUAACAUCACUCACUCCAUUUAUGAUACCCAGCCGCUGAUAUUCAGGGACAUACCGUCUCCAGCAGUGGUGGUAGAACAUCUCCAUUGUGGUAGAUGGUGUCCAGGAACUGAGCCCUUGGCUGGAAACAUGAUUAUUCAGAGAAAUUUUGACUCCAUUCAGAAUGAGCAGAAUCUUCGUUCCCAGGUCCAGAGUUGCCUCUCUUGUUGUCUGAAUUCAACUUAAAUUUCUUAGUGCUUCCAGGCACUGAUGUACAGAUUUUCUACCAAUCCUGGGUUAAUUUUUCUAAGUUGAGUUACUGGCAUAUUGAUAGCACUGCUUUGAACUGUGGCUUUGUAUAGGCAUGUGUGACAAGAAAAAACUUGUUGAGGACAUUAACUCUUUAAGGAAAUAAACAGUUAAUUCUACUACAUGCUUUUCCAGUGUUUUCAUUAGGGCUAUAUCAAAUAGCAUCAAGAUUUUUGCUGCUAAUCAUGAGAAGGUGGAAGACCUAUGCAAGUUGCUGAAGCAUCUCCUUUCCCCAUGAAAAACUUAACCCAGCACACACUAAGCCAACUGGGGGCAGGGGGCAAAUGUUUGUAAUGCUUAUUUUAAAAAUUUUACAGAGUGGGAAACUGCAGGCCUUUUGGGUGGGACUAUAAGGGACUCUCAACACUUCCUUUGCAUAUGUGAAAAUAACUUCCCCUUACAGUGGUGCCUCGCAAGACGAAAAAAAUUCGUUCCACGAGUCUUUUCGCCUUGCGAUGUUUUUCGUCUUGCGAAGCACGGUCCGUCGCAACUGCGCCUCUUCAAGCGGCUUUUUAAAAAAAGCGCAAGACGUUUUCGUCUUGCGAAGCAAGCCCAUAGGGAAAUUCGUCUAGCGAAGCAACGCAAAAACGGAAAACCCUUUCGUCUAGCGAGUUUUUCGUCUUGCGAGGCAUUCGUCUUGCGGGGCACCACUGUACAUGCAUGGUUGAAAAUGCUGAUUGAAAAAUAGACCAUGACUAUGAAUUGCCUUAUCUAGCUAGACACAUAAACUUAAUCUGUUAAGAAGUAUUUGAACAUAUCAUACGUGUAUCUACAUGCAUGCUAUUAUUAUAAAUAUAAAAGCAUGUGUGUAUUGUAGAAACACGCUUGCAGAAACAGUUUGUCAAAUAUUACAUAUGUGUUCCAUACACACGUUUCAGUAUGUUUUCUGCAAAUGUAUUUCUGUCACUGGAAUCGUAUAACUUGAAAAUCUGGUUAUCAUCUUGGACAAAGUAAGUAGUAGUUCCUCCCUUGAAAAGAGCAAAACUUACACACAAUUGUAAAUCAUUAAACUGUGUAAAAUAUUUUGUACCAAAACAUUUCCUUAUAUAAAACUAAUUAAUAAACCUUCUUUUUAAGGUUUCCCAGGUUGGUGUAUAUCAAGAAGAGGCACAUAUAGCAUUUGCUAUUUUGGAUUCUGUGGAUGGAAAAACAGACGAUGCUAUGCAAGCAUUUGAAGCUAUUAAAAAUGUUGUCUCAUAUUGGAAUCUUGCUCUGGUAAGUGUUACAUUCCUUCAGGGGAUUCCCCUGCCCUAACUGCAUGCACACUUAAUAAGCUGAAUUCUCAACUGACUCUUUCUUUUCUUGGAUAGAUUUUCCAGAGGAAAGCUGAAGAGAUAGAGAAUGAUGGUCUGUCAUUAGAAGAACAAGAAGAAUACAGAAAUCUUCUGAAAAAGAGUAGAGACUACCUCAUAAAAAUUAUAGAUGAAAGCAGCAGCGAUGCUUCAGUCACUGAAAAGGUUUAAAAUGUUUUUUUUAAAAAACUGCUAGGAAAAUUCAUCUAUAUAGAAAAAAAGCAUUUGUCAGAUUAUAUGUCUAGAUAUAUAAUACUUGGUUUAAUAGUAAAUCUACUAGAAAUGUAGUAGAAUUUAGUGGCGCUAAAGCAAACAUGCUCUAAAGUAUGGGUAGCUAAGAAUUAAAACUUGUUCAGAUGCAAAAAUUCUAUGCAAACUUUUUGGUGCUAGUGACCAUUUUCUGGUUAAUUAGUGAAAUACAGAGUGUUGUAUCCAGUGUUGCUUGAGCAGAGUUUUACUUGCACACCAGAACUUUGUCCUGUCACAAAAAUUUGCUCUGGAGGGAGAGGUAGAACUCUGCCGAAAGAGCAGAAUAGCAGCGCUAGAUGCAACCCAGACUUCUGAAGCCAAUAAUUUGUAAACCUCGGAAGAAUAUGCAGUUCAUUAAUGUAACCAUGUAUAUAUUUAAACUCGCCCUAAAUUCGCAUACUCUUUAAUUUUCGUCCUAGUUACCUGUAUCCAUAGAGACAGUUAAGGAGAUGCUGGAAAGUAUAAUGCAAGAACUUGGAAUCAACGGUGAAGAAAGGAGUCUUAUCCUAAACAAUGAUUUGAGCCAACCAGUGGAGACGGAAAUUAAACAUUCUACCCCAUCACCCACAAAAUUCUCUCUGUCUCCAAGUAAAAGCUACAAGGUAUAGCAAACAAAUGUUUUUGUUUUUAAAAUCUCUAUUGUGUUUCAGUUGGUCUAAUCACCUAACUAUUGUUAUUUCAGUUCUCGCCCAAAACUCCUCCUCGCUGGGCAGAGGAUCAAAAAUCACUACUUAAGAUGAUCUGUCAGCAAGUAGAAUCCAUAAAGGUAAAUAAGAGCACUAUUGUGUAUAUUCUGUACUCCACUCUGGGGAUAGAUGUGAUUUAUUCAGCUUAGAUAAUCGAAGUCAGGAUGGAUAAGUCAAGUGUUCAAGAAGAUCCUAUCCAAAUAAUUAUACUUCCAGAGUAAUCAUGCUUAUGAGCAGUAUGAUUAAUUUAAGACAAAGUGCUGAUUUUAACGUUGGCAAUCUAGACUGUCUUUUACUUUUGAGUUAUUCAGCAGGGUGCAAACAAAUGCAUUCAUAGAAGUAGUCAUUCUUGCAUAGGCAGGUUUAAUUUCUAUUGCUGAAAAUACAAUUAAUAUAAAAAUGACUGAUGUAUGAUUAUUUUCAGAAAGGUGGUAUAUGCAAGUUCAAAAAUAAAAAAUAAAACUUAACGGCAAUUUACAGAUAUAUGAAAUGAUAUCAGGAUUUCCCUUCUCCUACUCUGUGACCCACCCCCUAAAAAUCUUCUUUGGUGGGUUGGGGGGACCCUCUGAAGUAGCCUGAGAGGAGUUCAGGGGCUGCAAGGGGAAGGGAAGAAGGGGAAAUUCCAUUGUGUCUGCUGGCACGACUUUUUCUCGUGUGCAUGUAUCAGAACAGAAUUAACCCUAACACUAAAGCAAAGUAAAUUGUAGUAGAAACAACGUAAUAAGCUUAUAGCAGCAGCAGACUAGAAAGGUCUUGCUAGUUUGAUUCAAGUUAGCUGAAGUACAGUUGUGGAAUCUUGUUGCAAAGCAGCCUAUUGUGACAUCAGUAAGUUUCCUCUACUAGAGAGGGGGAAAGGCUCCUGGCCAUUUUUGAUUGAAAGAGAAAAGACUGAUAAUUUGUACAAAUUUUCAUUAACAUUAAAAUACUAAACUCAUUUAGGAAUAAAAACAUGGUUAUGUGUGUGCUGUAAGAAAUAAGUAAUAGCAAAGACUAUACUUCAUGGCUUUUUAUACUCCAAAAGGUUUUAAGACUAAAAGAGCAAUAAAAUCAAAAUUUGGGCUGUUCAGAAUAUAUUUGAUUUCUGUAACUGCUUUACUUUGCACACAACUGUGCCUUGCUUAGUUAACCUUUCAACAGUAGUCAGUUCAUGGUUCAUUUUCAGUCAUUGCCAUCAUCACUGCUACUAACUCAGAACUCAUUCCCCAAAUGCUAAUAACACCAUCCUCACACAAGAGGGAGGUACUGGCGUACUUGCAGAAGUGCAAAAAAUCUUUAGGGGGGAAAUCCUAAAGGGAUUAUUGAGCAUGCUUAGUAGCCAGAGAAUAUUGAAUCAUUGCAGGGACGGGAAAUAGAGGAGGGGGCUGAGACUGACCUCACUGGCAGUGAAGGUGUGUGUUGCUGUGGUGGCCCUAGAGGUAUCAAAACACUGUUGAUCAGUGGAUAAGACAGGCUAACAGAAAAGCAAAGGACAAAGAGCUGGUAAGGAGGAAAGUGAAAAGGUUGGCUGUGUUUUUUCUUCCCUUAAUAGUGUCAUAGCUUGGAAGUCGAAUGGCUUAAUUCCUGAACGUUUUGGCUCCCUAACAUCGCAAACCUGGAAGUGACUGUUCCGGUUUGCAAACUAUUUUUAGACGCCGAAUGUCUGACGGGGCUUCUGCAGCUUAGCAAUUGGCUGCAGGAGCUUCCUGAAACCAAUCAGAAGCCGUGCUUUGGUUUCCAAACGUUUUGGAAGUCGAAUGGACUUCCGGAAUGGAUUCCAUUUGACUUCCAAGGUACAACUGUACUUUGAUCCUUCAUCUUGAAGAAACAAGCAAAGCAUACAGAAAGAUAUAAAGAGGUUGGAGGGAACUAUCUUUUAUUGCCUGGAUUGGUCACUUUCUGGCUCACACUGAGUAACUGUUCUUAAAUGCCUUCAUGAUGGAAGUCCAUAAAAAUAAUAAUUGAGAAAUCGAAGGUUUCAAUGUAGCCAGGACUUAAUACAAGCAUAUUCAUCCCAAACUGUUUUACAUUCUUUUCCUCUUCAGUUCUGUAGAUGCAAAAGAAACAGCAUGGGGGUGGCACAAAAGUUUUUAAUGACCAUGCUUGUCUUUUUGAUAGAAUGAGAUGCAAGAGAUGAAACUUAACAAUUCUAAUACAACCAUGUCUCAGCGGUGGCCUGCCGAAAGCUAUGCAGCAGAUACCAUGCCAGAUGGCUAUCAAGGCACACAGAGCUUUCAUGGAGCACCGUUAACUGGUAACUACAUGCGCAGGUGGAGAAUCCUAGAAAAAUUUAAGUGCAGUUUCUGAUGCGACGUCUGAUUAUAAUUAAAAAGCAUUGAAUGGAUCACAAGCUGCCUUUAGGAGGAUGUUAUUAAAAAGAUAUAAAGUAUCUUUGUUUACUCGCUUCAUAAUCUUAAGGCUUUAUUUAAAACUUGCCAUGAGUGCUAAGGGGAGGGUGCGUUUUCACACUUUUUAAAUGAUUGCUUUUAUUUGAUUUUGAUAAUGACCGUACAUUUUUUAAAACUACACGAGAAUACUCCACAAAAAACACAUGAUAUCCUUAUACAAUGAAGUAAAUCACUAAAGCUGUAUCUUCACACUUGCAUAUAAAAUGAUGGAAUACUAGAAGUGGGGGGAAGCCUGAGUGUUUAGAUGGUUAUAUAUGGGAUUGUGUGUUGGAUAAACCACCUUGAGAGGUCUUGUUUUUAAAGGCAGCAUAUACAUAUUUAAGAUAAAGAUUUAGGGUUCUUGUCAAUUUCAAGACUCUCACUGUUUUUAUCUCUUGUGUGUCCAGUUGCUACAACAGGUCCAUCUGUCUACUAUAACCCAUCACCAGCUUACAAUUCCCAAUAUCUCCUACGGACAGCAGCCACGAACGUGACCCCCACAAAGGUAAUUAUUUGCUGUUUCUCUGAUACAACUCAUAACUCGUAGAGAGAUGGAAAACUGAGAACUGUGUUGCUUUCUGUUAAAUAUUCAAAAGGCAGGUUUCUUGUCACAUAGUGGGAACCAGCAGUUGUUUUUGAAUGCAGUUUAAGCAAUUAUUGGAAAUUUAAAUUUAUAACCUAUGUUCAAUUACUAAGGCUUUAAAACUAAGUUUGAUCAUUUUUGUAUUUAUAGGCUCCUGUCUAUGCCAUGAACAGGCUUACUCCUCAGCAGCACAUAUAUACAUAUCAACAGCCAAUGCACACUCCUCCACUGCAGAACACUUCUGCUUGCAUGUUUUCACAAGAAAUGUAUGGUACUCCCCUGCGUUUUGAUUCUCCGGCAACCGGAAUGUUGUCUCCCCGUGGCAAUGAGGACUACUACAACUACAGCGUUCCACCAACAACUACAAAUCCGCCACUUCCCGAGCCAGGCUAUUUUACAAAACCUUCUGCAGCACCCCCGGUCUCCCGGUCUGCCGAAUCAAAAGUGAUAGAAUUUGGGAAGCCUACCUUUGGGCAGUCUGUACCACCAGCAGAGGGAGCAAAACCUUCCUUGAUAACUUCUGCUCAGUUGACACAGCCAACCACUUUCAAAUUUAAUUCCAAUUUCAAAUCUAAUGAUGGAGAUUUUACUUUUUCAUCACCUCAGGUUGCAGCACAGCCACAUAGUACCCCCUAUAGUAACAGCGACAGUCUUUUGGGCCUUCUGACAUCCGACAAGCCUAUCAAAGAGAACCGAUACGCUGGACAAAAGCCGCUUACUGAAUAUCCCACUGGACAGCGAAACAUCUUCAGUUUUGGUGGCAAGAAUGCAUCAGGCAUUGCAUUUACUGAUAAAAUGGUACAAAAUCAACCCAGGCCCUCUGGUUUUAGUAAGGGUGAUGCGUUCGGCUUUCAGGAUCCUGGCAAGCCUGUAUUUGGUACUCCACCUUCAGAUGUAGCAAACAGAAGUCACGAAACAGAUGGAGGAAGUGUCCAUGGUGGUGGUGAAGAAGAAGAUGAUGGCCCUCAUUUCGAACCUGUUGUGCCACUACCUGACAAAAUUGAAGUAAAAACAGGUGAAGAAGAUGAAGAGGAGAUGUUUUGCAAUAGAGCAAAACUUUUCCGCUUUGAUGCUGAACACAAAGAAUGGAAAGAGAGAGGUGUUGGUAAUGUGAAAAUUCUGAGGCAUAAAAUAACUGGCAAAAUCAGACUACUUAUGAGACGGGAGCAAGUGCUGAAAAUUUGUGCAAAUCACUAUAUAAAUCCUGAUAUGACUCUGAACCCAAAUGCUGGAUCAGACAAAUCUUUUGUGUGGCAUGCCUUGGACUAUGCAGAUGAAUCGGCAAAACCUGAGCAACUUGCAAUCAGGUUUAAAACUCCAGAGGAAGCGAAGCUUUUCAAGCGGAAAUUUGAAGAGGCACAAAAUAUUUUGAGAGUAUCUGGAUCAAGUGAUAGUCAGCAGGCUUCUCAGGGUAUUGUGUCAUCAAGAGAAGCUACUGCUCAAGAUGCAAAAGAUUCUGGUAAAUCUGACUCAGGACUCAUGAGCUCUGGAUUUAACUUCAAGAGUGGGACAUCAUCUGUCAGUGGUAGCUAUCAGGUUCCUGUUCCCGAUGUGAGCAGUUCAGCUAAAAACACUAAUGCCAAAAGUACUUUUACGAUUGCAUCCAGUGCAGCUACACCUGCAUCCUUCUCUUUUGCUAAAGAAGGGUUGGGAGCAAAUGCUACGUACGGAUUUGGUGAACAGUUCAUGUUAAAGAAAGAUCAGUGGGAGUGCAACACAUGCCUUGUUCGAAAUAAAGUAACUGCACAGAGUUGUGUAGCAUGCCAGACUCCAAAUCCAGCUAAUCGGGAAGCGCAGGCUGUGCUUCCUCCGACAGAAUCGACUAUACCUUUCAAACCCAACACUGAAGGUGCACAUUCUACAUUUGGACCAAUUCCUCCAAAAAAGGAAAACCAGUGGGAAUGCAGGACCUGUCUUGUGAGAAACGAAGCCAGCGCAUCCCAUUGUAUUAGCUGCAAGAAUCCCAGCGGUACAAAUUUACCAGUGUUUGGUUCCCAAACCACAUUCAAAUUUGGUCAUGCAGAGUCUCCAAAAGUGCCCCAAAGUGGUUUUGGGGCUGCUUUUCAGAAAAAGGAGGGCCAGUGGGAUUGCAGCAUAUGCUUAGUAAGAAAUGAAGGCUCCUCACGAACUUGUGCUGCUUGUCAGGCUGCAAACCCAUCUAGCGAUUCCCAAACCACAUUCAAAUUUGGUCAUGCAGAGGCUCCAAAAGUGCCCCAAAGUGGCUUUGGGGCUGCUUUUCAGAAAAAGGAGGGCCAGUGGGAUUGCAGCAUAUGCUUAGUAAGAAAUGAAGGCUCCUCACGAACUUGUGCUGCUUGUCAGGCUGCAAACCCAUCUAGUGAUUCCCAAACCACAUUCAAAUUUGGUCAUGCAGAGGCUCCAAAAGUGCCCCAAAGUGGCUUUGGGGCUGCUUUUCAGAAAAAGGAGGGCCAGUGGGAUUGCAGCAUAUGCUUAGUAAGAAAUGAGGGCUCUUCACGAACUUGUGCUGCUUGUCAGGCUGCAAACCCAUCUAGCAAUGCUCCAGCUUUACCAGCUAGUGAUGCUCAACUGCCUGUGUUUGGCUUCAAAAGCAAGUUAUCCGAACCCACUGGAGGACCACAGGGGACGGGUUUUAAAUGUGACAUAACAGAGAAGGGUUUUAAAUUUGGCCUUUCUACAGAUCAAGGGAAGUCUUCUUCCUUCACAUUUCAGGUUCCUGCUAGCAGUGAAACUAAGCCUAUGAAAGGAGGGUUUAAUUUUUCAAUGCCGGUACCUCCAGGUGAAUUUAAAUUUGGUAUACAAGAGCCUAGCAAAGAUGUUGCAAACGACCAACAGAAUAAAGAAGGUGGUACUGAUGAAAAAGAGGAGGUGUCGGAGGAAGAAACUGCAAUGAAAUCUCAUGAUAGAUCUAGCAAGCAAAGCGGUGAUUUGGUAUUUGGUCAACACAGCAGCACAUUCACUUUUGCUGACCUUGCAAAAACAACUGCAGGUGAAGGAUUUCAGUUUGGUCGGAAAGAUCCAAAUUUCAAGGGCUUUACAGGUGCAGGUGAAAAGCUAUUUUCUUCUCAGGCUGCUAAAUCUUCAUUCAAAGGAAAUACUUCUGCUGAUCUUGAGAAGGAAGAUGAGUCCUAUAAAACAGAAGACAACGAUGAUAUUCAUUUUGACCCUGUUGUCCAGAUGCCCGAGAAAGUCGAACUGGUGACUGGCGAAGAAGAUGAUAUAGUGUUGUAUUCCCAAAGAGUAAAACUGUUCAGGUUUGAUGCAGAAACAAGCCAGUGGAAAGAACGUGGUGUGGGCAACUUGAAAAUCCUUAAGAAUGAAGUUAAUGGCAAGCCACGAAUCAUCAUGCGACGUGAGCAGGUAUUUAAGGUUUGUGCAAACCACUGGAUCACAACUACCAUGAACUUGAAGCCCCUCUCUGGCUCAGACAAAGCAUGGAUGUGGUUAGCCAACGACUUCUCUGAUGGUGAUGCAAAGCUGGAGCAAUUGGCAGUUAAAUUCAAAAGUCCAGAGCAAGCUGAGGAAUUUAAAUUGAAAUUCGAAGAAUGUCAAAGGCUAUUGCUGGAUAUACCACUCCAGACCCCACAUAAACUAAUAGAUUCUGGGAAAACAGCUGAGCUGAUACAAAAAGCAGAAGAAAUGAAAAGUGGUUUGAAAGAUCUCAAAACCUUCCUGACAGACGAUAAAACUAAACUUGCAGAUGAAGAGAGUAAAACCUCUGUAUCUGCUACAAAGGCCUCUGAUUUGGUUAUUAAGCCACACGCUGAAAGCACUGGACCUACAUUAGAGUGGGACAACUAUGACUUGCGUGGGGAAGCACUGGAUGAUAGUACAGACAGUUCUGUGUAUGCUUUGCCUCGGGCCAGUAGCCCUGUGAGGAAAAAUCUAUUUAGGUUUGGAGAGUCCACCACAGGGUUUAACUUCAGCUUCAAAUCUGCAUUAAGUCCCUCUAAGUCUCCUUCCAAACAGAACCAAAGUAGGGCUUCUGUAGGCACAGAUGAGGAAUCUGAUGUUACACAAGAAGAUGAAAGAGAUGGUCAGUAUUUUGAACCAGUAGUACCUUUACCUGACCUCGUAGAAAUAACAAGUGGUGAAGAAAAUGAGCAGGUUGUCUUCAGCCAUCGUGCUAAACUUUAUAGAUAUGAUAAAGAUGCUAAUCAGUGGAAGGAGAGGGGUAUCGGAGACAUAAAGAUCUUGCAAAACUAUGACACUAAACAAGUUCGUGUAGUCAUGCGAAGGGACCAGGUAUUAAAGCUUUGUGCCAAUCACAGAAUAACCUCCGAUAUGAACAUCCAGCCAAUGAAAGGCACAGAGCGAGCAUGGGUAUGGACCGCAUGUGACUUUGCCGAAGGGGAACGGAAAGUAGAGCACUUGGCUGUGCGAUUUAAGCUGCAAGAUGUUGCUGACUCCUUUAAGCAGAUAUUUGAGGAAGCAAAACAUGCUCAAGAAAAAGACACCUUAAUCACACCACUCUCUUCGCGGGCAAAUACUCCGAAGGAAUCGCCAUGUGGAAAGAUUGCUGUUGCAGUACUUGAAGAAACCACCAGGGAGAGAACUGAUUUAAAGCAGGAUGAAGAAACAGUUACACAAACUGCAGAGACUUCACCAACGGCGGGCACUUCUGAGACGCCAACGAAAGCAGUGGUUUCACCACCCAAAUUUGUCUUUGGCUCAGAAUCUGUCAAAAGUAUUUUUAGCAAUGAAAAAUCAAAGCCUUUCACAUUUGGAAACACAUCAGCAACAGGAUCUCUCUUUGGCUUCAGCUUUAACGCUUCUCCCAAGAGCAAAAGCGAUAGCUCAGUGUGUCAUAGCACAAAACAGCGAGAACCAGAUGGCACAUAUGAUGCCUGCAAAGGUGCUGAGCAUCAGGAAAGUGAUGCUACUGUUUGGAAACACUCCGAUGGCAAAGGAGAAAGUCAAGUGGCUACCUCCAAGGCAGAAGGACUUCCUAAUUUUUCAUUUAAAACACUAGAAAAAGGUGAGCAUUUACAUAAUUUUUACUUAAUAAAUUCAAGUUGUUAUAAAUGUACUUAGGUUCCACCUUGUCCAUCUUCGUGAGUUUAAGUUGCCUACUGAUGUAUAGUUUCAAAAUCUAUAAUGCUUAACUCUAGGUGAGAAGAAAAAAUGAGACUGAAAAAUCUUUAAAUGAAUGUAUCCUGGGUUAUCAUAAACGUUCUUGAGGAAGAUUAUAUAAAAAAAAUCCGGUAUGCAGGACCCAAGCUAUUUAGCACUUUAGAGAUCAAAAGUAUCUCUUUGAAUUACAGAUAAAUACAUAACAGGUAGGUAGCACAGUUACUGAGAAGUUGUUCUAAGUUCUGACUUUGCCCAUUCAGAAGUGGGCAAUAGCACACUGCAGUUCAACUAGCAGCCCCAUGCAGGCCAAGUUGCUGGAGUCUGCCAAAAUGUCGUGGAGGAUGAAAAUUUGAGGGGAACUUGAUCAGAAUAAAUAUUGGCACUAAUAGGUCAAUAAAAGGAAAACGUGGUUCAUGUUUUGUUUCCUUCUCUUUAAAACUUCGAAAUGUAAAAUCUUGAGUUAGAAGAGAAUCUUAGCAGUUAUUUGCCAGAUUGACUCCCUAUGUUCAGAGAUUGUAUUUCUGAAUACCAGUUGUCGCAACAGAGUGAGGGAAAUUCUUGCCUUCGUGUCCUGCUUGUGUUUCUUAGAAACUGGUUGGCCACUUUGAAAAAUGGGGCAAUGAACCUUUGUUCUAAUCCAGCAGGGGUGGUUUUUUUUGUUUUUGUUUUUAGGUAUCUUGCAUUGAACGCCUAGCCAUGUCAGCUAAGAAGUAGGCUCUACAGUGGUACCUCGGGUUACAAACACUUUGGGUUACAGACUCCGCUAACCCGGAAGUAGUACCUCGGGUUACAAACUUUGCCCCAGGAUGAGAACAGAAAUCACGCGGCAGCGGGAGGCCCCUUUAGCUAAAGUGGUACCUCAGGUUAAGAACGGUUUCGGGUUAAGAACGGACCUCUGGAACGAAUUAAGUUCAUAACCCGAGGUACCACUGUAUUGAAACCAAUGGGCUUACUCCCAAAAGAGUAGGGUUAGGAUUGCAACAUUACUUUCUGUACUGGUAAAAUUGUUUUGCUAGUUGAAAGCUAACGUCUUAAUUCUUGCAGCUAGAAAGAUCACUGUUCCAGAUUACAUUAGUAUAAGAAGUUAUGUAAAAUCAUAGACAAGUCUGUGACUGUGUGUCUGUGACUGUGUGUGUGUUUGGCAGCGCCCCUUGACCCUUUAAUGAAGUUAAUUAAAUACUUAAAUCCACACACUUUAUUUUCUAGGAUUUAAUUUUAGCCUUUUUAAAUCUAACCCAAUGGCCUUUUGGACCAGCGCAUCUCCCCCUCAACCCAAUAGUAAAGGUAUUUACAUACUGCACUGAAUGUUGUGUUGUAUCACUUUUGGGAAGACACUGACAGCUCCCCAACUUUAGCAGGCUAUUGACUAAUGGAAUUAUAGAAAAAUUAACAUGCAUGUUAAAAGAGAAUAGUAAUGACUGAAUUUGCUUUACAGCUGUUGUGGUAAGAGACUGGUUAUUGAAACCUUGGAUGUGAUUGCCUGAUUCCUAUGUUUUCUGAGUCCCCAGCUAUUGACUUUUUAAAAUUUUGCUUGAUGGAUGGUAGGUAGGCUAGGACAAAUGGAUAGACAUGGAAUAAGUAUGUUUCCGGUGUCCUUAUUGUCCCCCAGUCUCAAUAUUAGGAUUUUUGUUUUUGAGCCAUCCUUCAAGACAAAAUAUUUUUCUUGGAAGGGAGAGGUUUAUGCUAAUUCAUGUAACGUUUUCUGAACUACUCUCCAGCCUCAUAUUUUUUGCUUUUGUUUCACUUCAUAAUCAGUGUCCCUCCAUCUGAUUAGUUUUUUUAAAUGUUUUUAAAGAACCUAGGAACAUCCUGGGGAAAGACCAUUUUUCAUUAAGAGAAAAUGGCUGCAGAUGUUGGGUUCUAUCUAGAGAAGUUUUCCCACUAGUGCAAGGGCUUCUGCAUGCGCCAUGGGACUUUCACACUUCCUCUUCCUCCCAUGCACCCAUCCCCCAACCCUCUGAAGCAGAUUGGAAGAGGUGCAUAAGGAAAUGAGAAAUUCCAAGGCUUGUGUUUUACUAAAGCUGAACCUAACACAACUAUCCGUGGUGGUGGUUUUUCUAAAUUGUGCAUUCUGAAGGAGACUAGAAGUCUGGAACAUUUAAUUUUAACUGUUUAGGAUAUGGCUUGCAUUCUUGUGCGAGACAGUGCACACUGAUAAUAAGCAUGCAUGAAAAUGUUUUGUGUACUUGGCAUGUAUUCUUUUAAUAUGUAUUUGUCAAUUGACAUACAGACUUUGCCUUGGAGAUGAUUGUCUGAGCUUCAGACGUAGCUUCACAAAUAGUUUUUUUAGUCAAAUAGUAAGGUGUUAUAGGAUGACGCUUUUGAGGAGCAGUUUAACCAUUGUGGUGUUGGCGCUUAAAGGAAUACAAUUCUUUUUAAGUGGUCUGAAACUAUUUGAUUUUGUUGCAUCUGUACUUCAUACUUAGAUCUCCCAAUUUGUGACUUUAAUAAUUGAUUCCUACUUCUGGGAAUCUGGAAAUUCCUACUUCUGGGACUGAUAUUUGCUUUUCUUUAUGAAUUCACAUGAGUAGGUUUUAUGUUCUGAUCACAUUCUAAGUGUUAUACAGGGCUAACUGCUGUAUUGAGAUAGAUUUAGCAAACGAUAAUCAGCUAGACAAAAUCAGAUUGCUUCUGAUUUUGAACGCCUCAUGUUGAAACACCUGAACACCUCAUGAUGAAAAGAAUAGUGGCAAAUUGCUAGGACUUAGUGAGCUCUUUCUACUCUGCUUCUUUUCCAGUACUGUGUAAGCAGAAUAGUUAACUCGGUAUUGAUGAACCUAUUUAAAAAUACACCUUGGAAAGAGAACUUCAGCACAGCAAAAGUAAUCCUAACAAUGAUAAAUGAAAUAGCUGAAGCCAUUAUUAUGGCUAAAUAAAAAUUGAUGGCAGUGGUAUACAGUGUUACUAUUGAUGCUUACUAUCUAGUCAUCUACCUUGUGCUACCUUGUGCAAUACACAUUGUGUCUCAUUCAGUGAGAAGAACUUAAUGCCAUGUGCUCAACUCUCACUGAAAUCACGUUUUAGCUUUGUCAAAAUCUUGUGAUUCAAAGUCCGAGUUUGGGGCCAUGCACACUUGCCAAGCUCCUGCUUGAUAUAUAUAAUUUGAAUAAUUUGAAAGAGCCUGACUUUAUUGUUAUUACAACUGUUUAAAGUAAAACUGAAUUCUCAGCUUCCAAAUGAAUAAAAACGGAUCUGUUUCACAACCUAUCAAUUUAUUCCCACUGCUAAGCCACCUUAACAAAAGAUACAUUCAUAUUUUAAUAUAUCAAUAAAACCCAACCUAAAUCAGGUCUAAGAUAAAAUGGAAUUAAAGUGCUAUCCAAAGUAUAUUUUCUUCUGCUUUACAAGUUUUUAACUUAAAAUGUUUCUAUGCCAUUUCACUGAACAUCCCAGAAGUAUCUUUUUUCUAAACACAAUACAUGCACAGUGUAAGUUCUACUUAAAAGACAAUAGAUGGAUGGAAGAUUUGUUGUGUCUGGAAGCAGCUGUCUUAGGAGAAGCAUGGCAUGAGUUUGACUUUAUGGAAAGGAAACCCAUCUCAUAGUGGCUAAACUCUUCUUAAAUUGGUUUGACUUUAAAUCUUGCUUGUUUUCUGGUUGAAAGUAUUUCUUGCCUGCUUUGUGAAUGUGUUAGUAUUCAAGUGCAGCUGCUGCUUUCAGACUUGCUCAGACAAUUCACUUCUUUCCCCAGCAGUUGAGAUUAAGAAGGAGCCAGAUGAUGCUGCCACUUCAGACGAUGUUUUGAUUGUAUAUGAGUUAACACCCACGCCUGAGCAAAGAGCUCUUGCAGACUCCCUUAAGUUACCUCCAACAUUCUUCUGCUACCAGAAUGAACCUGGGUAUCUGAGUGAAGAUGUUGAUGAUGAUGGUAAGAAGCAUUCCUUGAAAAUUCUUCUUCUUUAAGUUACAGAACACUAUUAAGGAAUGAAGGAAGCAUUGGUCCAGUCCAGAAGAACAGCAUUUCUGGAAAUGUAUUUGUCUUCAUGAAUUAAGAGCGGUUUGGGAGGGGGGGAGUAUCUCGUGCACAGUGCAGUAGAUCAUUUCUCAGGGAUCACAAAGCCUCCUGUUUCUGGCCCUAGUCAGUUAUAUAGAGCAGGAUGAAACUUAAUAGCACUCUUCAGCUAAGCAGCACUGACUUCCCCCUGCAUCAGCUGAUGCAAUGGGAGAUCAGGCCAGCUUGAUUUGGAUGCACAUGAGAGCCCCCGCACACUCAGAUGUGGUGCUGUUUAGCUGAACUUCAAAGUCCUGGUGUCAGGACUUCAAAAUACCUUGCAGGCUUUUUUUUUGCUGCUAAAAAAAGGAAGGCGAAAACGUUGCUUUCAGCAAUGUGUUGCUGCCUGCAAAGUUCUUUGAUGUCCCAACACCUGAUGUCAUUUGUGACCUGCAAGACAGAUCCUGAUAUGAAUUUGGCUUGUGGAACCAAAAAGGUUCCCCACCCUAUUCUGUGAUACUCCCUCACUUGGGACACUUGCCUGGCACUCACUUUAUCAGAAUAUUCAUACCAGGCAAAUAUACUCAAAAUAUUCAUACCAGGCAAAACCCAGGUAUUUUCAAGCUCCAUAGUUGUCUAAGUGCUGCAUUUUACUGUUUAAGCUAUUUUGCAUCUUUUGCAUUUUGUCCAUGCUUAAGGUUGUUACUCCCUUUAAGGUAUAGCAGGGCAUACAAACCCAAAUACUUACUAGCUAGUGGCAUAACAGAUAUGCAGUGUAAACAAACUUUCAUUUUCAUAUUUCAGAUGAGGACUAUGAAACAGCCGUGAAGAAGCUCAAUGGAAAGUUGUAUCCUGAUAAACCUAAAAAACAUGCACAACUGAAAGAAACUGAUACAAGUAAAUUUUCUUGGGAAGAAGAUUGUAACUUAGCAAGCACAGGGCUAUAAAUUUGAAUUUGGGAGGAAUGAAAAUACAUUCUGACUCACAAUUGUUUGCCAUGCCAUUUAUUACAUGGUUCCAUAACUUGAAAAACAUCAUAAAAGAAUGGGGAACUGUGUAGGGAAAUGAUAAUUUCAAGUUUUUAAUGAAUUUGCUUCCUAUAAUGAGAUAAAAGCUGAAAUAAUUAAAGUGUUCCCUGUAGUACUAAACACUAUUAGAAGAAGAAUAGAUUUAAAUAAGAAUGUGUUACAAUCCCAUGCAUAUGGGGUGAAAUCCCCUCAAAUGCACUAUGAGAUACCUUGCUAGAAACUUGGCAAUUCUAGCUUCAGUUUUAGAAUUAAAGGCAGAGAAAACAAGUGAAAAUACCAAGUGGUGGUAUAAUGAGAAAUUUAUUACAGCAAAACGUUGAGAUUUCUAAAGAUGCAGAAACCAGCAGAGCUCCUCUGCUCCUUCUCUUUUACUAAAACCUAGAUUCAGGUAGGUAGCCGUGUUGGUCUGACGCAGUCGAAAUAAAAAAUUUAAAAAAUGUCCAGUAGCACCUUAGAGACCAACUAAGUUUGUUCUGGGUAUAAGCUUUCGUGUGCAUGCACACAUUCUCAGAUACCUAUUUGAAGAAGUCUGCAUGCACACGAAAGCUUAUACUUAGUUGGUCUCUAAGGUGCUACUGGACAAUUUUUUAUUUUUUACUAAAACCUCUUAUCCCUAGGCUUCAUUAUUUGAGAUUUUAAGUUUAACAUUGGAAUAUUUUGAGGUUUUACUUUAUUCUAGUUUUUUUCAAUAAAAUCUUAAAAUGUUCUCUGUUUAGCUGUUGAAGGAGAAAAUGAAGCAGAAUGUGGGAGCGAGUGUGUUAUUGUGGGGGAGAAGAAACCAACUCCUGAAGAAAAGGCUAAAGCAGAAACCCUGAAGCUUCCUCCAACCUUUCUGUGUGGUAUUGGCAGUGACACUGAUGAAGACAAUAACUUAGAAGACUUUCAAACAGAACUUAGAAAAGUCCAAGAAACGAAUGUAAGUAACAAAAGAAUGGGACUUUAAGCACCAAUUCAGCUGGACUUGCUAUGGUCCAAACAUGUGAUUCUUGAAAAUUGGCCUAACAGGAAGACUUCCUUCUUCCUGACAUGCUAUAUUUCCAAGUGCAGAGAUGCUGUUCCUUUUUGUUUGUUAUUGGAGCGGAGAGUAGGGUGGGGUAUAUUCCACAUUGUCUGCACCCUAGUGCCAUUUUGUUACUAGAAGUUCAUGGAAGAGAUCUAGAACACAAUAUACACCAGGAAGCUUAGUUUGGUCAGAAUCGAGUAUACACUUCCAGAGUUAACACUAAAUACAUUACUUCUGGUAAAUGAGCCACCAUAGCUGCUGGAGGGCCAUGAAAAUUUGUGUCCUGGGCUUUUUAGACUCUUCUACCCAUGUACUAAGAAGAGUCUAAAAAGCCCAGGACACAAAUUUUCAUGGCCCUCUAGCAGCUACCCAUGUACUAGGGGACGCUGGUGGCGCUGUGGGUAAAACCUCAGCGCCUAGGGCUUGCCGAUGGCAUGGUCGGCGGUUCGAAUCCCCGCGGCGGGGUGAGCUCCCAUCUUUCGGUCCCAGCUCCUGCCCACCUAGCAGUUCGAAAGCACCCCUAAGUGCAAGUAGAUAAAUAGGUACCGCUUUAUAGCGGGAAGGUAAACGGCGUUUCCGUGUGCUGCGCUGGUGCUGGCUCGCCAGAGAAGCUUUGUCACGCUAGCCACGUGACCCGGAAGCUUCUCCGGACAGCGCUGGCCCCCGGCCUCUUAAGUGAGAUGGGCGCACAACCCUAGAGUCGGACACGACUGGCCCGUACGGGCAGAGGUACCUUUACCUUUACCUUUACCCUUACCCAUGUACUAUCUAAAACCAUAGUGGUACAUUGGUUGCCAGAAGUGAAAUAGAUUGGCAUUAUUUUCAGCUCUCCUACCCCACUUUAGCUUCAUAAAUUUUGAGGGCUGAGGUAUUCUGUCUACCUCCUUUAUUCCAAUAGGAUCUUUAUAAGAGACUUCAUGGACAGUGGGUUGGAUAACAUAGACUUCUGGUUCCUUUUAAUUCCCAGUUCUAAAACAAGCAUUUGAUAGUACAGUGGUACCUCGGGUUAAGUACUUAAUUCGUUCCGGAGGUCCGUACUUAACCUGAAACUGUUCUUAUCCUGAAGCACCACUUUAGCUAAUGGGGCCUCCUGCUGCUGCCGCGCCUCCGGAGCACAAUUUCUGUUCUCAUCCUGAAGCAAAGUUAUUAAUCUGAAGCACUAUUUCUGGGUUAGCGGAGUCUGUAACCUGAAGCGUAUGUAACCUGAAGCAUAUGUAACCCGAGGUACCACUGUAUGAUGUGAAACCAUUUUGAAAGUGCAGAGGUGCUUGGCACUUUUAGUUUCCUCCACUUUCCCUGCCAGGAAGAUACCUGUUCUAGAGAUCAGCUAGUUCUGUUUUCAGAUACUGUCCGCUACUUUACAUAUGCAUUUACAUAAAGAGCCUAUGAAGACUUGGCACCAGUUUAAAAAAUAACUCAGUUAGUUUCUUUUCAGGAAGCUCAAGUAGAAGAAGUAACCAGUUCAACUGAUGAUGUGUGCUCCAUUAAGGAGAAACAGCCUGCUGAAGCAGUCAGUAGAGCUGAAGAACCAGAUUCUACCACUGAACCUAUAUACACUAUACAGACGUUAUUAGCAGCAGAUGACAAACCUGUUGACUUGUCAACGAAAAAAGAAAGCGAUGCCAGUUCUACAAACCAAGGUAUACACAUUUGAUGUGUGAAAGACACGUAUACUAGGGAAACUAACAUUGCAAAGUCUAAUAAUGCAUACAGAGAAUCUCCAGCUAAUUAAAACUUCUAUUCCUCUGGACAUGUAUUUUAAGUACACUUAAUUAGUAUUUUGAUUGUUAAACCCCAUAUCGAUCGUUUUAUUGUUCAUGUAGGGAAUUAUGCAGAAAUUCUGCUUUAAUAUGCUGGCUGUUUGCCGUAAUAAACAUUCACUGACUGACUGAUUGUAUAGAAUACGAAGGGUUGAGAGUUUAACAGAAAGGGGCCUUGACUAGUGGGCAACACUUAUUGUAUCUCCAGUGGACUGACUAAUGCCUUGCUAGUGUCCUUUCAGAGGUUACACCAGACUUGUUCACUUUCUCCUUCUACCUGUGCUUGUGUCUGGAGCUAUGAUAGUGGGGGAAUGUGACCUAUUAUGCAAUGUAAAAUGGACCACAGAAUGAUAUGAACACUUUUCCUCCCUUUAUAUAGAAAGCAAACCUUUCUCAUUUGCCCUUGGCAACAUACCUGGCUUGUCUUUUGCUGAUCUGGCUUCAAAUAAUUCUGGAGAUUUUGCUUUUGGUUCUAAAGGUAAGAUGCACAUAUUGUCUAAUUUCUGGUUUGUGACCAUAAUAAAUCCAUUCAUUCAUUCAAAUAUUAUCUACUUAACUAUUUAUAGAAACUGCUUGCUGCUAAGAGAGUUAUUGUGUGUGAAAUCACAUUGUUUUUAUGUGAGGGUGGGAUAAGAAAAUGUAAUCUCAGAAAUAUUUUUCUAUAGUAUUAAGAUUCUGUCUUCCCAUCUAAGCAGACAAAAACUUCAAGUGGGCAAAUACAGGAGCAACUGUGUUUGGCGGACAAGUGGCCACUAAAGGUGACAAUGAAGAUGAUGGAAGUGAUGAAGAAGUUGUACAUAGCGAUGAUAUUCAUUUUGAACCAAUUGUAUCACUGCCUGAGGUAAGAUAUGAAUCUGUUAAAUAAAAUAAGAGUUGGUUCUUUCCUCUAACACAUGUGAGGACAGUGAGCUGCACAAUUUCUCUUGUGUGCAAAUUAGGGUUGUUGUUUUUACUUACUCUAAAAUGGAAGAAGUAUGCAGGUCAUUUAUUUUUUUAAAAAAGCUCCCAUAAUUCAAGAAUGUACUACUUUAAGAAUGUGAUCCUUUGCACACUAGCCUGAGAUUAAGCCCUACUGUACACAGUGGAAUUUACUUCUUUGUAAACAUACAUAGAAUUUAUAAUACCUCAGGAGUAGUGAUCUGAGUAAAUAUGACUACUUAUCCCUGCUAGGUUGAGGUGAAGUCAGGAGAAGAAGAUGAAGAAAUUCUAUUCAAAGAGAGGGCAAAACUCUACAGAUGGGACAGAGAAGUCAAUCAGUGGAAAGAACGUGGUGUGGGAGAAAUAAAGAUCCUCUACCAUACACAGAAUAAAUGGUAUAGAAUCUUAAUGAGAAGGGACCAAGUUUUCAAAGUCUGUGCAAAUCAUAUGAUUACAAAAAUGAUGGAUCUAAAGCCCUUGAAUACUUCAAACAAUGCUAUGGUUUGGACUGCAACAGAUUAUGCCGGUGAGUAUUUGUAAAGAUAUUCUAUAACUUUAUUUCCCUUCCAUUGUACAUGACAUAUUCCCUUCCUAACCCUUUGUGGUUGUGCUGGUUCCCAUAAUGCUGCAAGGAGUGGGACUUCACCAAGUAGCUAUGCCCCUGAUGCUCCAUUGGGCCCUUUUCCUGGCUGCUGCAGAAAGCAGGCAUUAGCGUGAAGGUUUCCACAGAAUCUGAAACCUUUCUGCAUACAGCAAGUAAAUGAAGAACCCCCUCAGUACAGAUCCUUGCACAAAUGUUGGGAGAAGAGCUGAAUGAAGUUUGUUAUGUCUGGGGGAGGGCUGCUCAGCACAACCCCACUCGUAGCUUCCAUAUUGCUGUACACAGGAUCAAAUGUUGAAAGAAGGCUGCAUUCUGAUCAUCACAUCAUGAAUAACACUUGCAAUCUUAAUUUCAGAUGGUGAAGCUAAGAUAGAACAGCUUGCUGUCAGAUUUAAAAGCCAAGAGCUGGCUGAUUCCUUCAAGAGGAAAUUUGAAGAAUGUCAACAAAGCUUGUCAGAGUUACAGAAGGGUCACGUUUCUCUGGCAGCAGAAUUGUCAAAGGAAUCUAACCCUAUAGUAUAUCUUGAAGUUUCAGCUGAUGACGAACCUCUAGGUCAUGUAACCAUAGAAUUGUUUUCGAAUAUUGUUCCGCGAACUGCUGAGAACUUCAGGGCAUUAUGCACAGGAGAAAAAGGAUUUGGAUUCCGAAAUUCCAUAUUUCAUAGAAUAAUUCCAGAUUUUAUCUGUCAAGUAAGUGAAAAUGCUAAGAUUGAACAUACAUUUCAUACUACACAUUGAUUAACAGGAAUAUAUUUUAAGGCUCAGUAGAAAAGUUCUCGUUUGCAAGCAAAUUAGUAGAAACAUGAAACAUGAUAUGAGCUUUUCAUAUCAUGAAAGUCUGGAAGUUAAUCUGGGGCCUUGCUUCUCAAUUUAUAUUCCAUUACUUCUGUAGUUUCUCUAGUGCCGAGUUAGCUUCUCAUUUUCUCUUACCUACUUCAGUUGCAUCCAAUAGAUGUAUACCUACACAGAGAAUGUAAAUGGACACUAAAUCCUGGGGUGGCAAAUGUUUUUGCCCAGCUAGCUAGGCUAAAUAUGGGGAUCAUAUUUGACAUGUAGACAGAGCUGCACUUCUGUGAAACACCUAAUGUCAUAAUGACAUCAGCUUUCCUGUUUUGCUUGUGGGGUGUUCAGAUGCCCCUUUGAAAGCAAAGCACCUUUUUUACUGAGUCAGGUGGGCACUGCAGGUGAAAUUGGGAGCUCUGGCAGGACCAGUUAGGCCCCACAGUCUGGAGGUACCCCACCCCUGCCUUAGAACAAUCAGAAACCAUUUCUAGGCUCACUGUUCCCCCCUCAUUAAUUCUGAUCGGUGACAGGAUGAAGGAACAAGUGUAGUUAUGCUAGCCUCUGAAGCUAGUGGGACAUAACAUCUUACAGUCUUAUAUAUGAAAACGAAAGGCAAAUGUAAGUGAAAACCAUGACUGCAUUCAAACCUGACAAACCAUGGUUUGUUAUUAACGUGUGUGAGUGGUGGUGAGCUUUGGGCUCCAAUGACAUUUACCUGAGACUUGCUGCUGCUUGUGUACAUAAUAUAAUGACUCACCAUGGUUUGCUGCAAUAGCUGAACACAGGAGCUGAAUGAAACCACUAUUGAUUUAACAGUUGAGAACACCAGAUGGGACACCACAUUGUGCUGGUAAAAUGUAUUUCUACACACAUUUCAGAUGUUUCAACAUGUACUAUAACCAAGUGAAUUUUCUCUAUUUGUUUACAUUCUAGGGAGGUGAUAUCACCAGACAAGAUGGUACAGGUGGCCAGUCCAUUUAUGGAGAAGCAUUUGAGGAUGAAAACUUUGAAAUAAAACACACUGGCCCUGGCUUACUGUCGAUGGCAAAUCGUGGCAGAGACACCAAUAAUUCCCAAUUCUUUAUCACUCUCAAAAAAGCAGAGCACUUGGACUUUAAGCAUGUUGUUUUUGGGUUUGUAAAGGAUGGGAUGGAUGUCGUGAAAAAAAUAGAAUCUUUUGGCUCACCUAAAGGAGUAGUGUCAAAAAGAAUUUCGAUUACAGACUGUGGUCAAAUAUAAAAUCAUUGCUAUUACCUGUAUGUGGAUUAAAAUAAAUGUUCAGAUUUAGACAAAAUUAUGUUCAGCUUCUUUUAAAAUGAACAUUUCUGAUGUAUAAAUGUAAAGUUACAGCUUAUAGCUGAGUCCUUUUUUAGUGUUUAAAUUGACUGCAUGUUGUGAAAUAAAGGUUCAAACACUGGUAAAUUUUAGGUGUAUUUUUGUUUCAUCCCCAUUUUUGUAUUAAAUGAUUUAAAAUUAAAUACGAGUCUGAAGUUCUAUUACUCUGAUUUGUGCAAUUUCCCAGUUUAACUGAAUGGUUUAAAUAAAAUUACAAACUAGUGUGUGGUUACUACUUUCCUCUCUUGACUUCCUUGAACAACAGACAACCCCAAAACAUUUAUGUUGACUUGCCUGCCUGCAUGUGUAAAUUUAAGUGUGUGGCUUUGAGCAGUCUGUAGUGGUUCAUUCACAUGAGCCAUAAUUGUAUAUUAGUG